ACGCUGGAUAUAUAAAGCCGGGUGGCGGGCACUGCCGUACGUUAUUCCUCGCCUCGUUUGACCGUCUCUAUCGUGGCUCCGGACCGAUCGGUUUCAGAUUCUGCUAAACAAUGGCCCGUACAAAGCAAACUGCCAGGAAGUCAACUGGAGGAAAGGCUCCCAGGAAGCAGCUGGCUACUAAAGCUGCAAGAAAAAGCGCUCCCUCCACAGGGGGUGUUAAGAAGCCCCACAGAUACAGGCCUGGAACUGUGGCCUUGAGAGAAAUCAGGAGAUACCAGAAGUCUACUGAGCUCCUGAUCCGCAAGCUUCCAUUCCAGCGUCUGGUGAGGGAAAUUGCUCAGGACUUCAAGACAGAUCUGAGGUUCCAGAGUGCAGCGAUUGGUGCUCUGCAGGAAGCAAGUGAGGCAUACCUGGUGGGUCUCUUUGAGGACACCAACCUUUGUGCUAUUCAUGCAAAGAGAGUAACUAUUAUGCCCAAGGACAUCCAGCUAGCAAGAAGAAUCCGUGGGGAACGUGCUUAAUUUUUUUUUCCUGGAUACUGUUUUUGAUCUUUAGAUUUUUUUUUUUUUCCUUUUUGUUUUUUUACAAAUGUACAUAAAGUGUGAUGUCUCCUUAUUUUAUAAAGGGUUUGUUAACUGUAGAGUAGUUGACAGUAAAUUGGUAGUACACAUUUUAUAUGACAUUCCCUUAAUCCUCAGGUUUUUCAGAAAAUUUGUAUCUGCAGCUAGUCUACUUCUGUGGCCCUGCCCAUUAAAGAGUCUGCAUGCCUUGGCUCCAUUCUCUCCAUACUUUGGUAUCUUUCAGUGUAACUCCAUUGUAAAUAAACUUUCCACUACCUCAAUGGUCUUGCUGUCUUGCGAUUUGAGUUGGGUUGAAACAAAAGCUCCCCAGAAAUGGGAUUUUAAGUCACUUGUUACAGCUUUGGCCAAUUUGUACUAGUGGCAAAGAAACAAUUGAGCAUGGUAGUAUGACAUUUAGACAUGCCACAUGGUGCUAGGGUUUUUGGUGGGUAAACAUAUUUAGGUGUUCCUAUAUUCUUGCUUUUGGUCUGGACAAAAUUCCAAGUUAAUUUUUAGAUCUAGGAGCUAGCUGAACACAAGUAGUCUGGUAAGCUGUGUGCCUGGGACUUGGUGCGUUCUCUACAGCAUGCUGUGGUAAUUCAUGAACAUGCAGUAGCUUUUAAAUCAUGUGCAUACUUGGUAUCAGUGUGCAAAAGUGUCUGCAAAUGUUUAUUCCAAACUAUGAAACAUGUUCAACAAUUUUUACUUAAGUAUAAUAAAUCUGCUUACCUGAA